CGAACAACCAAACAGAAAAGUUUAAUAAACAGCGGACGGAGGGGCUGGCGGCGGCGGGGCCGGAGCGAGCAGGGGUUCGGUGGCCUCACCUGUGCCCCUUUCACCGGCGGCGACCGGCGGCGGCGGGCAGCGCGUCAGGCGGAGAGGGCCGCCGCCAGGAAUGAAUCUGAAGUCUGCUGCAGUAAAACACUGAAGGCUUUAAAAUGUUUUCUUGCAUAAAACUCAAACUAUAAGUAGCUGCUUAUGAGGAUAGGGAAGGCAGGAAGCUAAUGUCAGUCUCAAGAUACAGGACAGCUGUUUGCUCAUCAACCUCAACUGUCCCAAGCAACAGCAGAAAAGACAACCUGACAUAGGGAACUGGGGACUACUAUACAGAGAGAGAACUACAGAGCAUCCUCAGUACAGUAGGAACCCUAAUCCAAAGUCCCUAUACUUUUAUCAGAGUGUGUGACAGAGGAACAUGGCUCAAGAAACUAAUCACAGCCAAGUGCCUAUGCUUUGUUCUACUGGCUGCGGAUUUUAUGGAAACCCUCGUACAAAUGGCAUGUGUUCAGUAUGUUAUAAAGAACAUCUUCAAAGACAGAAUAGUAGUAAUGGUAGAAUAAGCCCACCUGCAACUUCUGUCAGUAGUCUGUCUGAAUCUUUACCAGUUCAGUGCACAAACGACAGUGUCCCAGAAGCUCAGUCAACGUUAGACCCUACGUCUUCAUCUGUGCAGCCAAGCCCUGUAUCAAAUCAGUCACUUUUAUCAGAAUCUGUAGCAUCUUCCCAAGUGGACAGUACAUCUGUGGACAAAGCAAUACCUGAAACAGAAGACCUGCAAGGACCCAGAGCAGAGGGCCUUGUUCCUCUUGAAUGUGAUCCUCCAUCUUCAGUAUCAGAUACAGCACAGCAGCCAUCUGAAGAGCAAAGCAAGUCUCUUGAUAAACCAAAACAGAAAAAGAAUCGCUGUUUCAUGUGCAGGAAGAAAGUGGGACUUACUGGCUUUGAAUGCCGGUGUGGAAAUGUUUACUGUGGUGUGCACCGUUACUCAGAUGUACACAAUUGCUCUUACAAUUACAAAGCUGAUGCUGCUGAGAAAAUCAGAAAAGAAAAUCCAGUAGUUGUUGGUGAAAAGAUCCAGAAGAUUUGAACUCCUGCUGGAAUACAAAAUCCUUUGACCAUCUGCAAACUAAAAAUUGACUUGAGGUUUUUUUUUCCUAGUCGUUGGGAAUGUAGAGCAAUGUAUCUUGCAUAGAACUUUUAAUCAUGCAUGUCAUCAGAAGAAUAGAUUUUUGUUUUUGUUUUGAAAAUGACUCUGAACAUUUAUUUCCAUUGCAGUUUCUGUGGCCGAAAAGACUUAAGUAAACUUUACAAGUAUUAUCCUUUAAGAUCAUUUUAAUUUUAGUUGAGUGCAGAGGGCUUUUAUAACAAAUAUGGAGAAAUUUUGGAGGGUUGUGAUUUUCCCAGUAUUAAACAUGCAUGCGUUGAUCUUGCAGUUUAUUUUCUCAUUGUGUAUGUAUAUAUAGCUUUUUCUCUGCAGCAUGAUUUCUCUUUCGAUAAUGCCCUUGAGGGCACAACUAGUUAUCAGUAACUGAAUGUAUCUUAAUCAUCAUGGCUGCUUCUGUUUUUUCAUUAACAAAGGUUAUACAUAUGUUAGCGUAUAGUUUCUUUGUACCCACUAUUUAUGUCUGAAUCAUUUGUCACAAGGGAGUGUGUGCUGAUGAGAUUCUAAGUUUGUGUGUUUUUAAAUUUUUUUGAGCAAGGGAAAGGAAAAGCUGUAUGCGUUUCAUUGCUGACUGCAGGUUUCUUUCACAUUACGUUCAUCAGUCUGUAUAUACAAUAUGAAGAAUGAUCUGAAGUAAUUGUGCUGUAUUUAUGUUUAUCCACCAGUCUUUGAUUAAAUAAAAAGGAAAACCGUA